AUGUCUGACAAGAACCAGAUCGUUGCCAGGGCUUCCCUGGUUGAGCAGCUGUUGUCUAAAAGGUAGUUUGAGGAUACUGGCAAACAGCUUACUGAGCUAGAAAUAAUUUAUGUGUCUAAGGAACAUCUCCAGGAGAAAGAUGUAGUCAGAGCUGUUUACAGACUCUCAGUGGCUUUGAGAAAGAAGACCAAGUUUCUGCUCGCAAAGUGGAGAACCUUCUAUAAGAGUACACACUUCAAAACAAAGAGAAGCCUUAAAUUACUCCAUACAAAUGUUAAUAAAGGAGAAAGUGCAGCAGUUUUUCAGUAUAUGAGCCAGGAUGAGAUAUUCAGUCUCUGCAGUUCUCUUUUUAAGCUGUCAUCCCAAGAUGUUGCAGAGUCAGCUGCAGCAGUUGGGUCUGAAAGUAGCACUACUUACUCAAAAUUGAAAAUAAUGAAUAUUUAGGGGUGUGAUGACUCUGAGUCCAAUAGUAAGAGCUCAUGUGUGUUCCGGGAUCCCUUAAUGUCUGUGAGCUCUAAAUGCCUAGAGCUCCUUUACACAACAUUAGCUAGUUCUUCCACAGAUCACACAAAAGUUCAUUUGUGGCAGAACUUUGCAAGAGAAAUUGAAGAGCAUAUUUUUACCCUUCAUUCAAACAAAAAAUAUAAAACUUGUAUUCAAAGCAAAGUUGCCAAUUUGAACAACUCCAGAAAUUCUCAUUUACGACAAAACUUGCUCUCUGAAACCAUGUUUGCAAGAAAAUUUGCUGAAAUGACUGUCCUGGACAUGGCAAACCAAGAGUUGAAGCAGUUGAGGGCAUCCUACACAGAAUCCAGUAUUCAAGAACAUCGCCUUCCCCAAACAAUUGGUAGUACACUAACAAAUACAAUAAAGUGCGGGCACUGUGAGAAAUACAACAGCAGUCUCAUUGUAAUUGCCAUAGGAACACUUUUCCUUCCAAGUUGGGUGCAGAAUUCAAACCCACAUGAACAAAUGACCUAUGUCAUUUGUAAUGAAUGUAGAGAGCAGUGGUACCAUAACAACUGGAUGUGCUUGUAA